AUGUCGACCAAGAGCUCUGCCAAUAAAGCCUCGUGUGUCUUGCAACAAGAGAGGAUUCUUGUGUUCAUGGGUGCUCCCUGUCCCUGGACUAGAGUGGGGGUCCCUAGAUUUGGGGCCCUACAUCGUGGGGGCUCGUCCGGGAUUUUGGUGUCACCCAGAACCCCAAGAAUACCCCUUGGAGGAAGGCUCCGGAUCGUUUCCAGAUCAGCAGCCGUAUAUCACACUGUGGGAAGAUUUAGCGCGAUUCCCGCCUGCCUGGGUUCGCCCAUUUCUUCCACCCCUACGCCCAUUUCUUCCAACCUUGGUACCUGGAUGAGGAACCUCCGGAAUGGUCCGACUCUCUACCACCGCCUUAUACCCCAGUCCUCCAACCUGCACCCUUUCCCAGCUCCACACGCAGCCCAGCCCUCGGCUCUGGCGGCUCCACCUUUGAGUCUAGGGAGUGGGGAGGGAGGUCCCUCAGCAGGAACGAAAAGCCAGCGGGGAGUGCUCUCAGAGGGGCCAGCCGAUUCUACGGUGGCGCUUCCACUUAGAGCUGUUGGAGCUCCCCCUUCCGGCCAGAAUGACCUACAGCUUCUGCAAUAUUGGCCAUUUUCUUCCUCUGACCUUUACAACUGGAAAGUAAACCAUCCUUCUUUCUCAGAUAAUCCUAUAGGGCUUACAGGGUUGAUAGAGUCUCUGAUGUACUCACACCAGCCCACCUGGGAUGACUGCCAGCAGCUCCUACAAACCCUGUUUACCACCAAGGAGAGAGAGAGAAUUCUCCUCGAGGCAUGGAAGAACGUCCGAGAUGGAGCUGGAUGGCCGGUCCAGACCUCGGUCGAGAUAGACGAAGGAUUUCCCUUAACUCGCCUCCAAUGGGAUUAUAACACAGCACAAGGUAGGGAACGGCUGUCCAAUUACCGAAGGGCACUAGUUGCGGGUCUCAGAGGAGCUGCUCGAAGGCCCACAAAUUUGGCUAAGGUAAGAGAAGUUAUGCAGGGGCCAGCUGAGCCCCCCUCAGUUUUUUUAGAAAGACUCAUGGAGGCUUAUAGGAGGUAUACCCCGUUCGACCCUACGACAGAGGGGCAGCGGGCUUCAGUGAUUAUGGACUACAUAGGGCAGUCAGCUCCUGAUAUUAGAAGGAACCUGCAGCGGAUUGAAGGAUUGCAAGAUUAUACUAUAAGGGAUGUGGUUAGGGAGGCNGAGAAAGUGUAUCACAAGAGAGAAACAGAGGAGGAAAAGUUAGAGAGAGAAAAGAAGGAGAGAAAAGAAGAUGAAGAUAAGAGAGACAGGAGACAGGAGAGAGCUCUGACUCGAAUUCUGGCCACAGUGGUAAAUAGAGAAAGGGAUAGGACUAGACAGACAGGGGACCUGAGAGAUGAGAAAAGGCAGGGGCCAAGGAGACCCAAAAAAGACCGACUGCGCCUAGAAAAAGAUCAGUGUGCAUACUGCAAGGAGAAAGGCCACUGGGCCAGAGAGUGUCCUAAAAAGAAGCAAGGGACACAAGUAUUGUCUCUCAGAGAAGGUGAAGACUAGGGGAGACGGGACUCGGUACCCCUCCCCGAGCCUAGGGUAACCCUAGAAGUGGAGGGGACCCCUAUAAAUUUUCUGGUAGAUACAGGCGCAGAGUUUUCAGUGCUUAAAACCCUGCUAGGAAAGUUUAAAAAAAAAAUGAAAACCUUAGUAAUUGGAGCCACAGGACAAAAGUCAUACCCAUGGACUAUGACCAGGACAGUAAACCUAGGCCAGAAUCAGGUGACUCACUCGUUCCUGGUCAUUCCGGAGUGCCCUGCGCCCCUGCUAGGAAGAGGCUUAUUGACUAAAUUGAAGGCACAAAUAACCUUUUCCCCUCCUGGGCCGAUAGUGUCAUGGGGAAUAGAACAGCCUCAAACUUUAGAACUAUCUCUGCAACUGGGAGAAGAAUACCGGAUUUAUCAAAGCAAGUCAAAACCCCCUGAGGGGCUACAGGACUGGCUUGAUCAAUUUCUCCAGGCAUGGGCCGAGACAGGAGGAAUGGGGUUGGCAAGACAAGUUCCCCCGGUAGUGAUCGAGCUUAAGUCGGGGGCCACCCCCAUUGGUGUUCGCCAGUACCCUAUGAGCAAAGAGGCACGAGAAG